AUGGAAGCGUCCCCCGGGGCUGUGGCUAUCUCCCCUCUGCCUCUUCGCAAGAUCUCCAAUGCCAGGCGGUACACCCUCUUCGUCGUCUUCUGCCUCGCCAUGUUCCUGGACGCCUUCAAUCUCUCGGCCCUGUUCGCUGCAACCCCAGUCCUCGAGUCCCACUUCAACAUGGACGAGAGCCAGGCCAGCUGGGUCAUCAGCGCGUUCCAGCUCACAUACGCUUCCUUUCUCUUGAUAAGCGGUCGGAUCAGUGACGUCUACCAUCCAAAGCCGGCCUUCGUUCUGGGAGUCUCCUGCUUAGGCCUGCUUUCCCUCGGCACCGGUUUCGUCAAGGACAAGAUAGGAUUGAUCAUCCUUCGCGCACUAUGUGGAAUAUGUGCCGCGAUGACGAUCCCUUCUGCUCUAGCAUUAAUUGUCAGGUUCUUCCCGGAACCCCGCGAACAAUCCCGCGCAAUUGGUAUUUUUGGUGGUGUCGGCGGUGUAGGAAACACUUCUGGGGCUAUCAUCAGCGCCCUCUUCGUUGACUUCGCGAAUUUUCAUUGGAUAUUCUACUUCGUCACCAUCCUUGCAGUUCCAUCCGCAGUUGCUUGCAUCGUACUGAUUCCUCCCCAAGACAAGUCGGAAUCGGACAACUUGACGGCGAAAGAGAAGCUCAGAAAUCUGGAUCUAGUUGGCGUUGGCGUCCUUACGGCUGCCCUCAUUCUGUUUAUUUUCGCCGUCACGAGCGGUUCCGAUGCAGGGUGGUCAUCGGCGGAGGUGUUAGCUCCUCUCAUCAUCUCAGUUUUCAUGGUCGCCGGGUUCUUCUUCUGGGAGACCCGCCUUCCCCCCGAACGGGCUGCAAUCCCGCCAGCGACAUGGUUCCUGCCAAAUCUCACAGUCCUGUUCGGUGUCUCGCUGCUCCCCUACUUCUGGUGGAACACGGCGAUCAUGACUUUCUACGGUUUGUGGCAGAAGGUAUACGGUUGGUCUGUUAUCAAGGCUGCCGUGCACAUGAUUCCUAUCGGUGUCACCUCCCUACUGGUCAGCUUUACAGGUCCCAUUGCGCGCUACAUCCCGCGGAAGUGGAUUAUUCUAUUCGGUCACGUCAUAGCGAUAGCGGCAACUAUCCUGUUCGUGUUCGCCGACGGACCCGACAAGUAUUGGCGAUUCGUGUUCCCAGGUCUCACAAUUGGCAGCGCAGGGGCCAUGCUCAUUUACACGCACACCAGCAUCGCGAUCUUCGAAACUACCCCAGCCACCAUGGCCGGUAUCGCAGGCGCACUGUUCAAUUGCGGCAUCGAGCUCGGCGCUGCGGUUGGGCUCGCGGCAGACACUUCGAUUGAGUCAAGCGUCGAGAAGUCGCACGGCGGUUUCUAUGAAUUUUACGGUCGCCGCGCGACGUUCUGGUGGCAGGUCGCGACGCUUGGCGUCAGCGCACUUGCCGUCCUGGUAUUCUACCGCGCAGACGCGAAAGCGCCACCUCCCUCGGAGGCGGAGCGCGAAUACGUGGCGCGCUCGUCUACGGAGAAACGCGGCGUUGAGAGUGAAGUGGCCACGUCCGUCAUGAGCCCGGAGCGCACGCCAGUAGAGUCAGGGCGGUCGACGGCGUUUGAGGACGAGAAGGGGUCGUGA